AUGCCUCAGCCGGCUCGCCAGGCUCCCACGCCCCUGCCGGUUCGUCAGGAGUUUACCCUCGGCCGUCUCGCCCAGAUCUCCUUCAGUUUUGUGUUGCUGACUGGUAAGUUGCUGUACACCGUGUGCACCUGCAUGUCCAUGCCUACACUGAUGCUGUUGUCCUUCAAGUCUCUCUGUCUCUCUGUCUCUCUGUGUCUCUGUCUCUGUCUCUGUCUCUGUGUCUCUCUGUGUCUCUGUCUCUCUGUGUCUCUGUGUCUCUGUGUCUGUGUCUGUGUCUCUGUGUCUCUGUGUCUCUGUCUCUGUCUCUGUCUCUCUGUCUGUCUCUCUCUCUGUCUCUCUGUCUCUCUGUGUCUCUGUCUCUGUCUCUGUCUCUGUGUCUCUCUGUGUCUCUGUCUCUCUGUGUCUCUGUGUCUCUGUGUGUCUCUCUGUCUCUGUCUCUCUGUCUCUGUGUCUCUGUGUCUCUGUCUCUUUGUGUCUCUGUCUCUGUGUCUCUGUCUCUCUGUCUCUCUGUGUCUCUGUGUCUCUGUGUCUCUGUGUCUCUCUCUCUGUCUCUCUCUCUGUCUCUGUCUCUCUGUGUCUCUCUGUCUCUCUGUCUCUCUGUGUCUCUGUCUCUGUCUCUGUGUCUCUGUCUCUCUGUGUCUCACUGUCUCUGUGUCUCUCUGUCUCUCUCUCUGUCUCUGUCUCUCUGUCUCUCUGUCUCUCUGUCUCUGUCUCUGUGUCUCUGUCUCU